CGGCUUGCUUGGAAACUCUUGCGGACCUCACCAUCGUUGCUCACACACAUUCAUUCGUUCCUCCCAUUCCCCAGAUCUGGCCGGAGGUUGUUCUUGGAUUGGAUAUUGCUAUUUGAUUUGCACACACACUCGGUUAACACCUGAACCAUCUUCACACAUCAUCAUAUACCUCCGAAAAAAAAACCGCAUAGAUUCAAGAAAGAUGCCGCCAAUUGACUCUCAAAUCUCCCCGAAUCCACCAACUGAUGACCUUUCCAACCAACCGCCGUCAUCAAUUCAAGCUCAAGUACAGCGUCGAGCAAGUGAGUUGGGUAUAAUGCCCUCAUCAGCAUCAAACCCGGCAAGGCAGCAGCAUCCUGAGCCAUCGCCAUCGCCAUCGCCUCCGCCGCUACCGCCUCGGACAUCGACACCGCUGGGGGCUCCCACAAGAAGACCAACCCUGACACAGACACAGACGCCGGAACAGUUGCGAAGACGGAUACAGGAGCUACGUGAGUCUAGUAGACAACUUGUCGAAGGCAUCACCCAAGAACGGGAACGCUGGCUCGAGCGCUUCAAGACGACCAUCCGUUCGAAAGUUGGUUACGACUUUUUGAUGGAGCAGAUUGAACCGCUUACCCAACUGGGUGAAGAACAGGAAAAGCUGGAGUCUGCUAUGCAGAACAUGUCGAACCCAGUAAAGAAGCAAGGAUUGAGGAUUUGGUUCUGCAUGUGGGUGGCGUGGGUGCCCAGAAAAUCGGCUACAUCGAAUGAUGAGGGUUCAGAGGACAAGCUGGACGAGAUAAGUAGAGAGGUUGUGGAGUGGGAUAAGGCGUGCCUGAGAUGGGAGAGGCAGGAGUUCCUUAAACGGACUGGUGGGGUUGAAGAUGUCGGUGUCAUCGCUGACCGGAACUUGGAAGAAGAAGAGAUCAAACGCCUGCUUGAAAAACAGAAGCAAUGGCGGUAUGAGUUGGAUCAUGUGGAUAUUUCAAGCCAGGUGGCGUGGGAAAUGCAGUUGAGCCACGGUAUCAAAUGGGCUUUUCUACGUCGAAAGGAUGACGGUCGUGAUGGUUAGGACUUUAUCACGAAACCGGGCGGUUUUAUUGUGCCGGUGUUCAAUGCAAGGGACCUCUUGGAGUUGCCCGAGCUGUGGGUUACGUUGGCUCCUGGUGAAGCUGGACCAAGGAAUGGGGAUACGCCGAUGGGAAAAGGGCGUAUAUUGGUUACUCAUCACCCACCUUUCUUGCCGACCUGCAUCGUCUUUGACGGUCUGAGGUUAUAUCGGACAGGGAAACUCUAUGCUGGAAACAUCGAGUACCGCACCCGCGACUUGGAAAAUGAGAACGCGUCGAGGGUUCGUCUGAUACUCUGUGUUCACCGACAUCGUCACAAGCUUGGACCGGAUAAUGAGAACAAAAAUGGGGAGCGCUGAACACUAUCAGUGGUUAAGUUCUUAGCGAUUGCGGUCCAGAAAAUACUCAGAGACCCGGAUCGAGCCAGACGAGGGGUAGAUAGUGUUGCCAAUAAGCGAGGUUUGGAAGGGGCAUUUGUACCUCAGUAUAUGUAGUAUAUGCAGCGUAGAACUUGUAUUAGCUGUAGAUCUAAAGCUGGUCUGGUUGUUAAUUUGGUACUCACUCCUUGUACACCGGACGCGAUUGCUUCC